UUCAUUGUGGUUGGAGAGUACUCGGAGAGCUGGAGAUGGCGGUUUCUCUCCUCCCUUCCACCUCCCUCUGUCCGCGACCCCCAACAAUUCGUCUCUUCUCCUUCUCCACCCCUUCUCUUUUCUCUCAUUCCCCUUGUUGGUCUUCUUCUUCCUCCUCUUCGUUUGGCCAUUUUAGAAGUGGACGUCGUCUCAGGAUCGCUUUCAGGGGUAGGAUUUCUGCUGCCACUCUUGUGGACAGCAGCAGCAGCAGAGAGCUGAAGGAGAUAUAUGACUGCUGUAGCACCUGGAGGUGGAAGGACUUCGGCAUCAAUUUCCUCGUCAAGGGGAAAGGCCCUCCCCUUCUUCUCGUUCAUGGCUUUGGUGCCUCUGUCGCCCACUGGCGAAGGAAUAUUGGAGUAUUGUCAGAGUUCUACACUGUAUAUGCCAUCGACCUGCUUGGAUUUGGUGCAUCGGAGAAGCCGGCAGGAUUUUCUUACAAGAUGGAAGUAUGGGCUCAGCUGAUAUUAGAUUUCUUAAAUGAAGUCAUCAAGAAGCCCACUGUGUUGAUUGGGAACUCGGUUGGAAGCCUUGCAUGUGUUAUCGCUGCUUCAGAGUCUAAUGGAGACCUAGUCCGGGGUCUUGUGCUACUAAAUUGUGCGGGUGGCAUGAACAAUAAGGCAAUAGUCGACGAUUGGAGGAUCAAGUUGCUGCUGCCUUUGCUUAGGCUAUUUGACAUCUUAUUAAAGCAGACAGCGAUAGCAUCAGCACUUUUUGGGCGUGUCAAACAGAGGGAGAAUCUGAAGAACAUCUUACUCUCCGUUUAUGGAAACAAAGAAUCUGUUGAUGAGGAUCUAAUUGAGAUUAUUAGGAGACCAGCUGAUGAUGUAGGAGCUCUUGAUGCAUUUGUUUCUGUUGUUACAGGCCCACCAGGGCCAAGUCCUAUGUCCUUGAUGCCAAAAAUUUCUCUUCCUGUUUUGGUCUUGUGGGGUGAUCAAGACCCAUUUACUCCUAUAGAUGGACCUGUGGGAAAGUACUUCUCUUCACUCCCUUCUCAAUUUUCAAAUGUGAAACUCUACAUCCUAGAGGGAGUUGGCCACUGUCCCCAUGAUGAUAGACCAGAUCUAGUCCAUGAAAAGCUGCUUCCUUGGUUGGCUUGUCUUCCAGAUAUAAGCAAGAUUUCAGUUGCCUACUAGAAUGACAUGCAUUUUUAACUCAUCUGUUGAUUCCAUAGCCUCGUCAAGAGCAUGGUAUUGCUGUCUUAGUUGUUUGUAUGGCAGGGGUAAUUUCGAUGUUCCAUCUGCUCCAGGGCAAUAGAUGAACAAACAUACCUUGAUUCAAAUGGACUUACUUUCCAUCAUUUUGUUGUUAAUUGGUUGCUGUUCCAAAUUCUAGAAAAUCAUUCAAGUGAUAUCACGAGCUAAAGUAAAAGGUGAUGAGUUAUACAAGCUACUGUGUUGAAUGUAAACUUCAGAGAUUCUGGACCAGAUAUUACCCAGUGAAGCUAUAUUAUUCCAAUUAUUUUGAUUUUGUAUUCCGAUAAAUGAUAACUUGUAUAACAUGUGCACUUUUUUAUCAGAAACUUACUCUUGAGGGCA